AGUCACUUGCUUUAAAAUAACCACGCUUUAUAGUUCUCACUUCGUCUUCCUAAACUCGUGGCGAUGGCUUCAACGAACGGCAGUACGGAGAUAUCUCAGGCUGAUAAGAAUGUAGAAAUGUGGCGGAUCAAAAAGUUGAUCAAAAGUUUGGAGUCUGCUAGAGGUAAUGGGACGAGUAUGAUUUCGCUCAUCAUUCCUCCAAAGGAUCAGAUUACUAGGAUAGCGAAAUUGUUAGCCGAGGAGUAUGGGACAGCAUCUAAUAUUAAAAGCCGUGUGAAUCGCUUAUCCGUCCUGAGUGCGAUAACCUCUGUACAACAACGUCUGAAGUUAUACACUAGAGUUCCUACCAAUGGCCUUGUUGUAUAUUGUGGGACAAUAGUCACUGAGGAUGGUAAAGAGAAAAAGGUCAACAUCGAUUUCGAACCAUUUAGACCAGUAAACACGUCUUUAUAUCUUUGCGACAACAAGUUCCAUACAGAGGCCUUAGUAGCGCUGCUAGCAGAUGACAGCAAGUUCGGAUUUAUUGUCGUUGAUGGUAAUGGGGCUUUAUUUGGGACAUUAUCGGGAAACACUCGCGAGGUUCUGCACAAAUUUACGGUAGAAUUGCCGAAAAAACAUGGUCGCGGAGGUCAAUCUGCACUUCGUUUCGCACGUUUGCGGAUGGAAAAGCGGCACAACUAUGUUCGCAAAGUAGCCGAGACAGCAACGCAACUUUUUAUAACAAACGAUCGACCGAAUAUCGAAGGUCUCAUUCUUGCGGGGAUCGCUGACUUCAAGAGUGACUUAGGACAAUCUGAUAUGUUUGAUCAAAGGCUUCAAGCAAAGUUGAUUAAAAUAGUAGAUAUAUCAUAUGGUGGUGAAACAGGAUUUAACCAAGCUAUCGAACUGGCCACAGAUACACUUUCUGGCGUAAAGUUCAUUCAGGAAAAAAAACUGAUUCAAAGAUACUUUGACGAGAUAUCUCAAGAUAGUGGAAAGUACUGUUUUGGCGUUGAGGACACCUUGAAGUCCCUAGAGAUGGGUGCUGUGGAGACCCUCGUGGUGUGGGAGAACCUUAGUGUAAACCGCUACGUCCUCAAAGUCCCGAAUUCUGAAGGUUAGUAUAGUAAAGGUAAUAGGGAGUUGUUACUUCACUAUUUCUACUACGAUGUCAGGCGCAAUUGUAAGUGAUAAAGUGCACUUACAAUCGCAGUGACACAAAAUAACGUGAUCAAUCACACUGAUCUCUUUCUUGAGAGAAUUGAGAUGAGUGUGAUUUUGAGUCAGUGAUUGACAAAUCCCAAGUUUUAGAUUUGUUAGACCGAGACUCACAUAUGUUAAGGUUUUUGUCACUGCAUUAUCCUGCUUGCUUGAAUUUGCUUGCAGGCAGUACACGUGACGUACAUCAAAUUGAUGACAAGGAACAAUCUUGAUGCGUUGCUCUGAAUUGAGCAAUUGCGUAAAGGCAUGGUCCUACAUUAUAUUUAAAGCGGUUUCACACAAAAAUUUCUUUCUUUCAGGAAAUAGAGUUAUACACUUGCGUCCUGACCAGGAAACGGACCGACGAUAUUUCAUUGACCCGGCGACAGGAUCUGAUUUGGAAAUUCUAGAUACUCAGCUUCUUCUAGACUGGCUCGCCCUAAACUACAGAUCUUUUGGGACGACUUUAGAAAUUGUCACUGACAAGUCUCAGGAAGGUGCUCAGUUUGUUCGCGGCUUUGGUGGGAUAGGUGGUAUUCUACGCUACCAACUCGAUUUUAAUCAUUUGGCGGGUGGAGAUGUUGAUUUUGAGGAUGACUUCAAUCUUGAUGAUUACUGACAAACCAGUCCAACCUGCGGUUGGCGCAGGUUUCCGUACGGCCGUUCUCCAUGGUUUGAACACAGGUUUCUAAGGAUUAUUCCCAAGGAUGAUUUUUGCAGAAUUGAAAAACAGGCUUUUGAAGAGUUCAAUUUAAUUUCGGUUGUGAUACUAAAUAAUUUUCUUAGUUGUUGAA